UUGUUGUAACUGUAUGUGUUUUACAAAUCCAGUUACUCCGGAACUUAUCUUUAAAAAUUUACAAAAAGGCUGCAGCUGUUUGUGCGGAACUACAUUCAAAUCGUUCCACCGAGCUGCAGCUGAAAAAGUAGUUCCAGUGGAACUGGAACUGGAUUGUGGUUCCGCUUGGAACGGUGGAACGAGUUCCACUCUCGGAACGGUGGAUAAAUGUAGUUCCAGCUGCAGCGACACAUCUCUACAACAACAACAACAGCAGCAUCAGAGGAACUUGCAUCGUCAUUGUAUAGUAUUUUGCCAUUACUGUAUUCUUAAAGGGUUUAAAAUGCCAGAUUAUUUAGGUGAUGAUAUGAGAAAAACUAAGGAUGAAAAAGAAGGGGAAGAAAAGGAAAUCAAAUCUUUGGACGAAGCUGAUAUAGCACUCCUAAAAACUUACGGUCAAGGCCAAUACACCAAGAGUGUGAAGGUGGUUGAAGAUGACAUACAAACGGUGAUCAAGAGAGUCAACGAGUUGACUGGUAUUAAAGAAUCAGACACCGGUCUGGCGCCUCCAGCCCUGUGGGACCUUGCCGCAGACAAACAGACGCUUCAGAAUGAACAGCCUCUGCAGGUCGCCCGCUGCACCAAGAUCAUCAAUGCAGACUCUGACGACCCCAAGUAUAUCAUCAAUGUCAAACAGUUCGCCAAGUUUGUGGUAGACCUGGCCGACUCAGUCGCCCCAACUGACAUCGAGGAAGGCAUGAGAGUCGGAGUGGACAGGAACAAGUACCAGAUCCACAUUCCGCUGCCGCCUAAGAUCGACCCUACAGUUACAAUGAUGCAGGUGGAAGAGAAGCCUGAUGUCACAUACAGUGAUGUUGGAGGAUGCAAGGAGCAGAUAGAGAAGUUGCGUGAGGUUGUGGAGACUCCUCUACUGCAUCCAGAGAAGUUUGUCAACUUGGGUAUUGAGCCCCCCAAGGGAGUCUUGCUAUUUGGGCCACCUGGCACUGGCAAGACACUCUGUGCGCGAGCAGUCGCUAACAGAACUGACGCUUGCUUCAUCAGAGUCAUCGGCUCCGAGUUGGUGCAGAAAUAUGUCGGCGAGGGAGCCAGGAUGGUGAGGGAGUUGUUUGAGAUGGCUCGCAGCAAGAAGGCUUGCCUGAUCUUCUUCGAUGAGAUUGACGCCAUCGGAGGGGCCAGGUUUGACGAUGGUGCAGGUGGAGACAACGAGGUCCAACGGACAAUGUUGGAGCUGAUCAACCAACUGGAUGGGUUUGAUCCCCGUGGAAAUAUCAAGGUGCUCAUGGCCACCAACAGACCCGAUACCCUGGACCCUGCUCUGAUGAGGCCCGGUCGUCUCGACCGCAAAGUGGAGUUUGGUCUGCCUGAUCUUGAGGGCCGAACACACAUUUUCAAAAUCCAUGCUAGAUCAAUGAGCGUUGAGAGAGACAUCAGAUUUGAGCUUCUUGCUAGACUUUGCCCCAACAGUACGGGUGCUGAGAUUCGAUCCGUUUGUACGGAAGCAGGCAUGUUCGCAAUUCGAGCUCGUAGGAAAGUCGCCACGGAGAAAGAUUUCCUCGAGGCUGUUAACAAAGUUAUCAAGUCUUACGCCAAAUUCUCAGCCACUCCUCGCUACAUGACCUACAACUAAUAGAAGAUUUCUGUUCUGUAACAAUUUAUUUAAUAAAUUUGGAUAUGUGUUAAGUUGAGCUCUUUUCAUAUUUAAUAAAAAUUAAAUUUAAACAAA